GUGUGUUUGGUGACGGGGGCCAGUCGUGGAAUCGGGAAAGGAAUUGCCUUGGAACUUGGCAAGCAGGGAGCGAUUGUUUACAUUACGGGCACGUCUACCAGCGACAAUAGCUCGUCGUUGAACGCCGCGACGGGGCCUUAUUCCGCCACGAAAGAAUCCGGUGGACCUGGUACUAUUGAGCAGACUGCGCAGGAAAUCAUGAACGCGGGUGGUAUCGGGGUUGCCGUCCUCUGCAAUCAUGCGGUGGACAGUGAAGUGAAGCACCUCAUGGACCGUAUUGAACGAGACCACGGUCGCCUUGAUAUUCUGAUCAACAACGCUUUUCGGCUACCGCAAGGAGGUGUUGAAAUGCUGUACAAAAAGUUCUGGGAACAGGGUCCAGAAAUAUGGGAUACUCUACACACGGUUGGUCUGCGUAGCCACUUCGUCGCCAGCGUUUAUGCCAUGCCACUUCUGCAAGCCGCCAAGAAAAAUCCGCAGCGUAAUUUACCUCGCCCUUUCGUUGGGAUGGUUUCAUCCUUUGGAGGACUAACGUAUACCUUCAACGUACCGUAUGGAGUUGGAAAGGCCGGAGUAGACCGAUUGGCCAAAGACAUGGCCGUCGAACUAACACCAGAAGAUAUCUGUGUUGUUUCCUUCUGGCCCGGAGUUGUGGACACGGAACGAACCCAAGAAAGCGUCAAAAAAGGCGAUUGGGAGAAAUACGUGGGACUUCCACUUGACAAUGCAGAAACGCCAGGCUUCACAGGCAAAGCUAUUAUAGCUACCGCUACCGACCCGAGCAAUAUGCGCAAAACUGGAACGUAUCAAGUCGUUGCAGAAUUGUCGGAGGAGUACAAUUUUUUCGACGUCAAUGGGAAUCGACCGCCCAGCAUUCGUUCUCUACGAUUUCUGCUUCCAAGCUACGCCUUUGAUCAAGCUACAAGAGAUAUGGUACCUGGUUGGAUGAUUCCAGACUGGAAGCUGCCGUUUUGGGUCAUGGCGCAGGGACAACCACCAGCGUAA